GUACAUGUAUUUCGAUCAGUCUCUGGUCAGUAAAGUUAGUUACUUAGAACUUCGUGUUCUUGUCUAAAAAGGUGGUAGUACUAGUAGCUUCUGCAGGCUUGAUAUGGCGCAAACACUUGUUCCCCUGAAGUAUGAACGUGGACGGUUGGAGGUUUUGAACCAACUGCUGCUGCCUCACCAAGAGGAAUGGGAAAUCGUAAAGAAUCUCGAAGACGGAUGGCAAGCUAUUCGGCAGAUGAAGGUACGCGGUGCUCCGGCCAUCGCCAUUGUGGCGGCGCUAACCCUUGCCGUACAGCUGCACGAGCAGCGUGCAACGCUGACGUCAACCGGUGCAGUGCGCACGCUGGUGCACGACGCGUGGACCUACCUCUGCACGUCCCGCCCGACCGCCGUCAAUCUGUUCCGCGCCGCCGACGUCGUUCGCUCGCUGACCGAUCGGCUGGAGGCUAGCGGCGAUGGUGACGUCGGCGUCAUGAUCCAGACGAUCAUCGAGGCUCUCGAGGGCAUGCUGGAGAAAGACAUCCAGGACAACAGGGCUAUCGGCCGAUGGGGUGCAAGCGCCAUUCUGGCCGGCGCGGCGGCGGCGUCGGGGAAUUCGAAAGUGGCCGUCGUCACGCACUGCAACACCGGGUCACUGGCGUGUGCCGGCUACGGCACUGCACUGGGAGUGGUGCGCUCUCUGCACGAGCAGGGCCGACUGGAGCGUUGCUACUGCACGGAAACUAGACCCUAUCUGCAGGGUGCACGACUGACUGCUUACGAGCUCGUCGUGGAGGGCAUGCCGGGCACCCUGAUCCCGGACUCGGCCGUCGCGUCGCUCAUGACCAGCAGGAGCGUGGCCGGCAUCGUGGUGGGCGCUGACCGCGUGGCAGCCAACGGCGACACGGCCAACAAGAUCGGCACCUACCAGCUGGCGGUCGCUGCUCGCUAUCACGGCGUGAGGUUUUACGUUGCGGCGCCGCUCACCACCAUCGACCUGUCUCUCUCCUCCGGCAAGGACAUCGUCAUUGAGGAGCGGCCGGCGCAGGAGCUGAAGUCGAUACGCGGCGUGGCCAUUGCUCCGGACGCCAUCGACUGCUGGAAUCCCGCGUUUGACGUCACUCCCGCGGAGCUCAUCACCGGUAUAAUUACGGAGCACGGUGUGUUCGUGCCCGGCGAGCUUCAGAGCAAAGUCGAGAAUCUGACGCGACAGCACUUGUGACGUGGAAGCGAUUGCUAGUUGCCCGCACGCUUGCGGCGCAUGCCGUGUGAACUCCUGCCCACCAUCCCGUCGGCAAGUUGACCCGUUCGUACGUGGUCGUUCACUGCAUGCAGCAGGUCAGUGCAUUGGGUUGCUGUGUGUCCACACUCCGUCUAUGGUGAUCAUGCUGCAUUGUCCAUCUUUGGCUUUGCCCAUCUGUGGCUCAACCCCGUGCAGCAUCGCUGGCUGGCACGGCGCAUACUGCCACCAACAAAUGCCCACGGCCAGCUUUGCAGCUGGUACAACGCCACCUGCUGCCACCAAAGUGGAAAGCAACCCUUUGGAGUGUGCACGCCAGCCGGUGCAGCCAGGGCUAGGCUUGCAGUCUGCGCCAUUCCCAAACGCGUUCGAGACAGAUCCGUGCCAUUGUUUUUUGGGUGGUCUAUCGUGUUGACUCCAGCCAGUACAGGCGACCAGUGCUUAUUAAAAGCAGUUUUUUGAGGUUCUCAGAUCACUUCCAGAACCUGCUAACAUUUGUAUAUAGGUGGUUUGCUAGAAUUAUAGGGGCUCUCAGAUAUUUGGGAAUGGAGAAGAUCUCCGACACGAGUAUUCCAUACACAAGUUUCAUUUUUUGACUGACUGGUUUCACUGUUAUCAAACAGACCAUCAGAGUGAAGAAUGAUGAAAGUGAAACACAUUAUUUGUAUAGUCAAGAGUAC